CGAGCCCAGUCAGGAGUUUGGACUUAUGAACACAGUGAUGACAUCGAGUCGUUUACGUAAGAUGUGGCUUGGGGCCAAUAGUGCAUGAGAGAGGAGGUCCAGCCUUGGGACUGCUCCGCCCUGCAGCCGUACCCCUCUCAGUGGGAUGGGAACGCCAUAGCGUCGUUUCCUGCGUUGGACAAGCGGCGCAGGCGACGUGUAAGCAAUUCACAUCUGAUUGCCGACUGUCGUUUCGCUGAAUGGCAACAGCGGAUACUUCCGAGGUUAACAGAAAAUCGGAGGAAAACCCAGCUGCAGGUUGUUCUUGCAAAAGUAACAACGAUGUAAAGGAAGCGAGUACACAGACCGACACGAAAGUACGAGGUUAUGGGCCUCGACUGUCCAAAGUUAAUUUGUUCACCCUGCUGAGCCUUUGGAUGGAACUUUUCCCGAAGAAUAAAUCUCAGCUGACAAAUGGCAAUAACAUCACGAAGACUCGAAUCACAGGUCUGGUGGUGGUCCAAGACCGGAAUGUGAUUGGACUUCACUGCUCCAGCACAGAGCUGCACGUGGGGCAGAUUGCCGUGGUAAAACAUGGGCCACGACUGAAGGGCUGUGACCUCUACUUCUCCAGGAAGCCCUGCUCCACCUGCCUGAAGAUGAUCAUUAAUGCUGGGGUGAGCCGGAUCUCCUACUGGCCGGGUGACCCCGAGCUGAGCCUGCUGCUACACGCUGAGGGUGCCCGAGGCAGCGGUGCCGACGCGCAGCCUGCGCCCAGCUGCCAGGAGGCCGCACUGGACGCCGUCGCGGCGGAGAGACUGAAGUCCAACAGCCGCUCGCACAUCUGCGUCCUCCUGCAACCGCUGGCCAGCUGCAUGCAGCAGUUCGUGGAGGAGACCUCCAGGCGGUGCGACUUCCUGGAGACGGUCUCUGGGGACGACCCCUGCGCGGACGUGGUGGAGCUGUUCGGCACGCAGCGCAGGCGCAGCCUGGAGGACUUCACCAGAGUGUUCUUCGUGCCAGACGAGCGGCGCCAUCGUGACCUGCUGGCCAAAAUGGGCCUGGAGAAUUUCUGCAUGGAGCCCUACUUCAGCAGCCUGCGGCAGCACAUGAGGGACCUAAUUGGCGUGCUGGCGUCCGUGGCUUCCAGCAUCCCUGACCUCCGGCAGGGGUACGGCUUUUAUCUCAAGGACCCUGCGCAAGUCAGCAGGGGACCUACCCAGGGGCUGUCCCAGGAGAUCGCCCGACAUUGCAUUAUACAAGCAGGGCUGCUGGCCUAUAGGACUGAGGAUCCUAAAGUUGGAGUGGGCGCUGUCAUCUGGGCAGAAGGAAAAUCUGGUCACUGCGAUGGGACAGGCAACAUGUACCUGGUGGGUUGUGGCUAUAACGCUUACCCAGUGGGCUCGGAGUACGCCGAAUUCCCCCAGAUGGACGACAAGCAGCAGGACCGGCGCAGCAGGAAGUACAGAUACAUCAUCCAUGCCGAGCAGAACGCACUUAUCUUCAGGAGUGCAGAGGUCAAGGAGGAUGAGAACACCAUGCUUUUCGUCACAAAAUGCCCUUGUGAUGAGUGUGUGCCUCUCAUAAGAGCUGCUGGAAUUAAGCAGAUCUACACCACAGACCUAGACAGUGGCAAAGACAAACACGACAUCUCCUACCUCAGAUUCGACCGUCUCCAGGGUGUGCAGAAAUUCAUAUGGCAGAGGAAUUCGCCAGCUGGAUGCGUGUCGGACCCACUCAUACCCCAAUCCUUACCAAAUGGUUGUGUUCAGAACCAUGAAAGAGAGACUGAGGAGGACUUUUGCUGUAAGAGGCAGCGUCUUUAAUGAAGUGGUACAUAGACUUUGACCCUGGAAACUUGGGCAGAUUGCUGUAUCCUAAAAUGAAGAGGACUGUCUCACUCUGGAGAAGGAGGCCGGUUUAUUAUGAAGACUUGGGGGGAAAAAGUACAGAAGAGUGACGUACUUGAUGACAGGAGCCCGUUUUACAGUUUGGCGAAGGAAGCAGAGAACGUUCUCGCUGGUCUCUCAAAGGCCUCCACGUUUGUCCUUCAGGUCUGCUCAUCCACUACAGCUGAUGUCUGCCUUUAGAGGAAGUUCACUGCACACUGCCUGUUAACUUCACCAUAAAGGAGAAACUAGUGAAUAUUAUCCAGUCCUAAGAAUGUUCUCUGAAAGAUUCUAUAUAUUUUAAUAUAAACUCAGGAUAAACGGGAAAUGGGGAAAUGUAAUUAUUUAAAAAUAUUUUAGUAGAUCAUUAGCUGUUUUAAUGGUCAGUGCGUUGUGGGUCCUGAAAGGAGUUUGGGUGAGGGGGGUAAGAAGAACAGCCGAAAAGAACGCUGUUGCAUUUCUAUAUGGUCUUUUUCAUCCCAUUGUUACAGGGCACAGCUCUUCCUAACUUUAAAGAUUUUAAUGGACAUAUGGACAUUUCACUCUCUGGCUUGUUUUAUUCAUAAUUUCAUCAGUAUGACAUGA